CCCAGUGGUCUAGGCUUGCAAGCUUUCUACUUUCCUCCUCCUAGCCCUGCUGCCAGCUGAGGAGUCUCUCUGCAGCUGCUGCUGGCUUCUGCCUGGGACCAUGUGCUUGGCUACUGCUGGGAAGAAACAGACUUGCUCCUGGUACUCAUCUCAGAUGAGUUUCUCCUGUUGAUUUUGGGAUCGCAGAUGCUGCUCCUAAGGAAGUAUUUCCUGGCAUCCCUCCAUCACCUACGGCCAGCUAAGGACCAUCCCCAAAGCGGGCAUCAGGAUGGGCCGCGCUGCGAGGAGCCGACACUAGUGUGCGAGGUGUGAAGAGUUGGCCAGGAUGACCAACUCCUCCUCCACGUCCACGUCCUCCACCACCGGUGGGUCGCUGCUGCUGCUCUGCGAGGAAGAGGAGUCGUGGGCGGGCCGCCGCAUCCCCGUGUCCCUCCUGUACUCGGGCCUGGCCAUCGGGGGCACGCUGGCCAACGGCAUGGUCAUCUAUCUCGUGUCGUCCUUCCGAAAGCUGCAGACCACCAGCAACGCCUUCAUCGUCAACGGCUGCGCCGCCGACCUGAGCGUGUGCGCGCUCUGGAUGCCGCAGGAGGCUGUGCUGGGGCUGCUGCCCGCGGGCUCCGCCGAGCCCCCGGGGGACUGGGACGGCGCAGGGGGCAGCUACCGCCUGCUGCGCGGCGGGCUGCUGGGGCUCGGCCUCACCGUGUCCCUCCUGUCCCACUGCCUGGUGGCGCUCAACCGCUACCUGCUCAUCACGCGGGCGCCCGCCACCUACCAGGCGCUGUACCAGCGGCGCCACACGGCGGGCAUGCUGGCCCUGUCCUGGGCGCUGGCGUUGGGCCUCGUGCUGCUGCUGCCGCCCUGGGCGCCCCGGCCGGGAGCGGCGCCCCCGCGCGUCCACUACCCGGCGCUGCUGGCGGCCGCGGCGCUGCUGGCCCAGACGGCGCUGCUGCUGCACUGCUACCUGGGCAUCGUGCGCCGCGUGCGCGUCAGCGUCAAGCGGGUGAGCGUCCUCAACUUCCACCUGCUGCACCAGCUGCCCGGCUGCGCCGCCGCCGCCGCCGCUUUCCCGGGGGCCCCGCACGCGCCCGGCCCGGGGGGCGCCGCGCACCCACCGCCGGCCCAGCCCCUGCCCCCCACGUUGCACCCGCGGCGCUCGCAGCGGCGGCUCAGCGGCCUGUCGGUGCUGCUGCUGUGCUGCGUCUUCCUGCUGGCCACGCAGCCGCUUGUGUGGGUGAGCCUGGUGAGCGGCUUCUCGCUGCCCGUGCCCUGGGGCGUGCAGGCGGCCAGCUGGCUCCUGUGCUGCGCCCUGUCGGCGCUCAACCCGCUGCUGUACACCUGGAGGAACGAGGAGUUCCGCCGCUCCGUGCGCUCCGUCCUGCCCGGCGUCGGGGACGCGGCCGCCGCCGCCGUGGCCGCGACCGCGGUGCCCGCCGUGUCCCAGGCGCAGCUGGGCACCCGCGCCGCUGGCCAGCACUGGUGACCCGCGGCGGACGGAGAUUCUGGGCUU